AUGCUUCUCCGGAUUCUAGUUUUUGCCUUUCCACUGCUCUUCGUGGAGCUUUCGUACGGUGCUAACAUUUUGUGUUUAACGCCUGUGCCGAGCCCAAGCCACCACAUAUGGAACCGUGUCUGGAUCGAGGCACUGGCAGCACGUGGCCACAACCUUACGGUGGUAUCGGCGGACGUGGAAGUGAUCCCAAAACCCAACAUCACCUACAUCCAUCUCGAGCAAGCCUACUCGGAUCUUCAUCACGAGCUCGAUCUGUUUCAAAUGGCCAGUCACGAUGCGCUGAGCGGCAUUCCGGACCUGUACACUUGGGGUACGGCCAUGUGCAAGGGUGUACUGCGAUCCAAGGGUCUUCAGACGAUUGAAUCGUACCCGGACGAGUUUCGGUUUGAUCUCGUGAUUGCGGACAUCACCUGCGGACCGUGUCUGUUUCCGCUGGUGCACAAGUUUCGAUACCCACCGCUAAUAGGCGUGACGGCAUACAAUAACCCGCAGUUCACGACGGAUUUCGUCGGUGGACACAAACACUACGCGUACGUGCCAUUCUUCACCGUGACGUACGAUGCGGACAUGGGCUUCUUACAGCGUUUCUACAACUGGGUUCUGCAUAAUGUCGAUCACAUAUACCGACACCAAGUCUUCCUUCCGAAAAUAGAGCAGAUGGUGCGGAAUUACUUUCGCUACCAGGACAUGGCUUCGCUGGAGCACAUAGAGCGCAGUACUUUCCUGCUGCUAGCAAACUUUCACUACUCGGUCGAUUUUCCCGAAUCUAUUCCACCGAGUCACAUCCCGGUCGGAGGACUGCAGGUGCUUCCACCGAAACGAUUACCCGUGGAACUCGCAUCCUUCAUUGCCAGCGGUUUGCAAGGAUGCGUUUUGUUCUCACUCGGAACUAACGUACGAAGCGCGGACCUGGGUGAAGCUCGAAUUGAGAUGUUUCUGAGCGUGUUCAAACAACUACCACAGUAUAACUUUUUAUGGAAGUUUGAAGAGAUGCCCCAGUUUGAGGUACCUGCAAACGUGCUAAUACGAUCCUUUCUGCCUCAGAACGAUGUGUUGGCGCAACCGAACGUGAAAGCGUUCAUCACCCACGGCGGUAUGCUGAGUACGCACGAAGCCACUUGGCACGGAGUGCCCAUGAUUGGGAUUCCCUUCAUCUGCGAUCAAUACCGGAACUUACACAAAUCGGUAACCGCCGGUGUUGCGCUGCGAUUAGAUUAUGAAGGGCUGACGACUGCCAAAAUUGAAGCAGCUCUUCGGGAGGUUCUCAGCAACUCCAGCUAUCGCGAUCGCAUGAAACAAAGGUCGGCGUUGCUUCGCGAUCAACCGGAACAUCCGCUCGAUCGGGCCGUUUGGUGGAUCGAGUGGGCUCUACGCCACCCAAACGCGAAAGCUAUCCAGUCACCGACAAAGCGCAUGUCAGUUUGGCAGUACGAGCUGUACGAUGUGAAGCUGGCGGUACUACUACUAACCGUGUUGUCCAUAUACCUGAUCAAGCGGCUUUUCACUCGAUACGUCACGCGAUCUUAUCGUCACAUAACAGCAAUGUGGUCGAACGUGCUGGUGCUCGCUCUAUCUCUAGCUGCGUUGUCAGCUCAUAACGAUUACGCCGAAGCAGCUAACAUCCUUUGCAUAAUGACUGUUCCUAGUCCUAGUCACCACAUAUGGAAUCGCGUCAUUAUGGAGGAGUUGGUAUCGCGCGGUCAUAACUUAACCGUCGUGUCACAGGACGGUGAUAAAUCCCGCCCUAAUCUCACGUACAUCCUGCUGGAGAAGGUGUACUCCACGCUUUACGUGGAUGAAAGUUUGGAUUUGAUCGAAAUGGCUAAAGAAACACCCUUCCAAUCGUUGUUCACCUUCAAGGAAUUCUAUCUAGGGAUGUGCCGCGGUGCAUUAAAAUCGGAAGGGCUAAAGGUGAUCCUAAACUAUCCGGACAGUUUCAAAUUCGAUCUAGUGCUGUACGAUUUUGGUUGCGGGCCGUGUCUGUUACCGUUGUUGCAUAAAUUUGGUUAUCCUCCAUUGGUCAGUCUGACGCCAUUCAGCAAUCCUCCUUACGCGGUUGAAGUUGUUGGGGGGCACAAGCACUACGCCUAUACGCCUCACUACGCACUGCCAUACGGUUUACGAAUGAGCUUUGCGGAGAGAGCUUACAACACCUAUCUCUACCUGUGGGAUGCUGGCAUGCGAAAGUUCGCCAUAAUACCAGAGAUAGAUGCGAUGACGCGUCAGCACUUUGGAUACAGCGAUAUGCCGUUUAUUCAGGACAUCGAACAACGGACGGUGCUUAUGCUUGUGAAUACAAAUGCUGCAUUCGAUGCGCUUGAGCCGCUUCCUCCAAACGUGAUAUCGGUAGGUGGAGCUCAUAUCAAGGAGCCGGAACCGUUGCCACAUGACUUGGAGGAAUUUGUGGGAAAAGCGAAAAAGGGAGCCGUCCUGUUUUCACUCGGAUCCAACGUACGCUCCGAUAUGAUCGGAGAAGAGCGACAGCGAAUGUUCAUAGAAGCCUUUCGGCAAAUGCCGGACUACCAUUUCCUGUGGAAGUUUGAAUCGCAACUGAAAAUUCCCCUACCGCCUAACGUCAUCAUCAAACCGUGGCUUCCGCAAAACAGUAUUCUAAACCAUCCCAAAACGAAGGGAUUCAUCACGCAUUCUGGAGGUCUCAGCACACAGGAAGCAUCCUGGUUUGGAAUCCCACUCAUAGGAAUGCCGUUCUUUGUGGAUCAACAUCGGAAUCUAAAACGAUCUCUGCUAUCUGGAGUAGCAGAAAAGUUGGAUUUUGCCUCACUCUCAACCGAUAAGAUUCGAAACACUGUCCUGAAGGUGCUGGAAACCCCUGUCUACAGAGAAAACAUGAAGCAGCGGGCGAUGUACUUUCGAGACCAACCAGAAAAACCACUCGAUAGAGCGGUAUGGUGGAUUGAAUACGUUAUUCGUCAUCCCACCGUCCAGCAUCUUCGCUCACCAACGCUGGAAUUAGGAGUAAUCAGCUCCAACCUAUUGGAUGUGUACGUCUUUUUCGCAGCGGUGAUUCUAAUUAUUCUAGUAAUUAUAAUUGCCCUCAUUCGAAAAGUAUUCUCACAAUAUCAGACCAAAGGAAAACGAAAAUACGAGUGA